AUGGCAGCUAUUAACGGAACAGUCGCGACAAAGCAGACAGCCAGCCCAUCUCCUUUGAAGGUAUUAGUAGUAGGAGGUGGAAUCGGUGGGUUGACUGCUGCAAUUGCUCUUCGUAAGCAAGGCCAUGAUGUCCAAAUCUUCGAGCAAUCUCGGCUGGCCGUCGAAACCGGCGCAGCACUUCAUCUUGCCCCUAAUGCCAAUGGAAUCCUGAAGCGAUUGGGUAUCGAUGCGCAGCAGUGUGGCGCGAACUUGAUGGAGAGGCUUGUUGAAUAUACCUCUCUGGGCCGCAUUGAACGAGCUAUGGAUCUUACCGAGCAAAACAAGAGAUGGCAGCAUCAAUGGCUCCUAGCUCACCGCAUUGAUUUGCAUAACCAACUUAAAAGGGCAGCCAUGAGCGCUGAUGCGGACCGCGAGGCUAUCCCAUUCCGAACCGCCAGUCGGGUGGUACAGGUCGACCCAGCAACAGCCACCAUCACACUUGAAGACGGAACCGAGUUCCAGGGUGAUCUGGUGGUUGGAGCUGACGGAGUUCACUCCAUCACUCGCAGCGCAAUUCCAGGUGGAAAUCAAGCAGCGCUGCAUGAUCCUGAGACUGCUGCUCUAGUCGAGCGUCUGGGAGAGCUGUCCAUCUGGUACGGCGCUGAUCGGCGGAUUGUACUUUAUCCCACGUCGCACAACGCUGUGCUGAAUUUCGUGUUGAUUCACCCGGAAGAGGAGUCGGCGGAAGAGGCAGACGAGAGCUGGGGCCAGUCAGGCAAUCUACAGAAGAUGCUCCAGAUCUUCUCUUCGUUUGACCCUGCGGUGCUAAAGCUGCUGAGCAUGGCGGAUCCACAGAGUGUUCGGGUUUGGAAGCUGCUAGAUAUGGAGGAGAUUCCCCGUUGGUAUGAGGGGCGUUUGGCUCUGCUAGGCGACGCCGCCCACCCCUUCCUCCCACAUCAAGGGCAGGGAGCAGGGGUUGCAAUAGAAGAUGCUGCUUGCCUGGCUGUAGUGCUGCCGCUGGGAACGUCCGUCGAGGAAAUACCAGAGCGUCUUCAGUUGUACGAUGAGAUUCGCCAUGAACGCGCUACCCGCAUACAGCAAUACUCUCGGUUGGCCGGUCGUGAUCGUGUCGAUGGACAGGAAACCGCUGACAUGUACGGCUUUACCAACUACAAUUUUGGCCACGACGAGUGGGAUAAUUCGACGCAGAGACUCCGCGAGUGGACGUGGAAACGCAUCCCCAAUCCCUACUGGCGCAUGCCCCUCGCCUUUGGUCCUAUGCCCGGUCCGCGCCAGAACCACUUGGGCGUCCCCCGCGAUGGCACCAAAUCGACCUUCACGACUGCCUCAAUCAAGUUCAAGACCUCACGUACUGUACUACAGAACCUCUUUCCCCCGGGCCGCCGUGGCUGGCGAUUCAGCGCUCCUGAUACGGUGGCAUAUGCCUCCUUCUCGCAGACCACCUUGAACAAGAUGGAGUGGUUGGGUGGCUCAGGAUAUUCUCACAUCGGUUUGUAUGUCCAUGGUGUCGAGUACGUCAAGAAGGACGGCACAGUCAUUCGGGGCUCCUACCUGCCCAUCCUCUUUGAGUCAAUGACCGACCCCAUCGUGUCGGGGAGAGAAGAACUGGGCGCUCCCAAGUUGUAUACUUCGGUGGACAUCUACCGCCGGGCAAAAUCGUAUCGGAUUCGUACAGGGUGGCAGGGCGCUCUCUGGGGCCAUUUCCUACUUGAAGAUCUGGUCGAAGUUGACCCAGCGUCGACCCCCGGAGGAUUCAGUGGAGAAGCUGAUGAUGGGAUCAUGGUUUACAAAUAUCUCCCACAGACCGGUCGAUUGAACAAGAACAAGGCGGCUGAAGAGUACGCGGCCUUUGAUCCCUUCUCGGAGGCUUUGCCCACCCCCAAUCCACGCAAGGUAUGGACCUCCUCCAAGGCCAGUUUCCAAAUCGACCCGCUGGACUGGGAGCAACUGCCUACACUACAUCAUGUUAUUUCGCGACUGGCAGAGCUGCCGGUAUAUGAGAUCGUAAGCGCCAGGGUGGUGGAGGGAGACGGAGUGCCCGAUGUUUCGGGAAUGAGGCCAAUUGAAUAG